AUGGUGAAGUUGCCAACUCCUGAAGAGCAGGCGGCGCGGCCUGUAGGGGAGCGAGGCAGCACACGGCCCGUUCCAAUGCGCACACGCAACCACCAUAACUGGGGAGCCAGGUUCGGGCGCCGUAGAGCCGACCCCAGCCUCCGCGCCGAACCUACUACUUUGCACCAAAUCGAAGAACAGGUCAAUCGAACUGUUCAGCUCAUGGAACGGCAUGGCCAAAGAUCGGACAAUAAUUAUCCUUUGGCCAUGGAUCUGUUGCGGCUGCAGUAUAAUCUUAACUUCUUGAUCCCGUGUGACAAGCCGGAGUGUGCUGACAAUCACGCCCACGACGAACUUUCUGCCCCGGAACGAUUAAAAUUUGCAGUGAUUGCUGCAGCAAGUUUAUUUAUAGAUAAGGCAGAUAGUUCACCGCAGAAUAUAGACGUACAGAAUCUGUUGCAGUCCUUACAACAACAGUUACAGUUAGAGCAACAGCAAGUGCGGCAGAAAGUGCAGCAGAACAGGGUCGAGGAGGAGGAGCGAGACGAGGACAAUGACGACAACGAGGGCCGCUUCGGCAGCCUCAAGAAGCAGGACGUGGAGCGCUUGCUCGGCCUCGCGGACACCCAGCAGCCCAGCCGCCCCAAAGACCGCUUCACCAACAGGAACGACCGCCUCUCCAUUCUAGAUAUAAAGAAAUACCUCCAACAAAAACAAGCUGCUGAAAAACAGUCUCAACAAGUCAGAUUAUCAAUCAACGACUUACUAGGAUUGAAUGACGACAAAGAUGCCCUGGAAUCCUCCUCUUCAGAAGAAAACACAAGAAACGAUGAGAACCCUAAUGGAUUUUCAAAAGUAUACGUCGUUUUGAACACAGAAGCUAUCAAGAGAAGUAAAAAUAAGGAUAAACUAAAUUCGUUGUUAUCGAGCUUGCUGGCGGCGCCGGCACAGAGUUCUGGGGACCGUAAAAAGCCUCCCAGUUACAAAGGGUUUGUGCUCAAUAACAAACUCAAUCUAAACAGUCUUGGACGGAGGUUGAACCGUGAUUCCAGCGAAAUAUACGCAAAGGAUAUGGUCGAGAAGGAGCGUCCGAUGCGGCCCCGCGAGUCCCGCUCGCGCGACCGCGGCCGCGAGCGCGGCGGCGGCGGCGGCAGCGGCGGCCGCACCGCCAUCCCCUACAUCCGACACCGGGGCGACAUCUACGAGAGAGACGAGUGA